CAAACCGAAUUAAGAGCCAAGCAGCAGAGGCUGGGCUUCGAGGCAUUGCUGAAGACCAUGAAGGAUAAGGAAGGCAAACAGAGCGCUUAGUUAAUGUCGUUGUGGUUUCAGAGCAGAUACCAGGGAGAGGCAGCAGUUAAGACUAGCGUCUGUCGAACUAUCAGAUGAAAUGGCGGUGAGGCAGAGGCUUUUCAAUUCAACCGCUCCAUUCUCUUGUUCCCCAAAAGCUGAGCUGAAGGGAUCAUAUCCGCCCAGCUCCAGCAAGGAGCAGGAGACAGAAGAGGAGGAAGAUGAGGGGAAGGACAGCAAAUUGGGCUGCAUGGAAGAACCAGAAUGGAUUACGACCCCACUGGUAAACAAACUCCUCACACAUGGAACUGCAGAGCAAGUGGGAGAAAUGCCAAUAAAGACCUCUACCAUCAUCGCCCAGGCUGAAUGUGAAACUCAGGACUCCCAGGAAUUCAGUCCAUCUUGUUCUGAAAGAUUUGUUGCCUUCCCAAAUUGCUUUACCAGCCUUCCCUCAGAUCACAACCAUGUGGCAUGCCCAAUUUCAGCCUCGUUUCAAGAGGCACAUCUCACACGGGAAAAGAAGAGCCAAAGACGGCAAAAGAGCAAAGGAAAGAGAAAAAAGCAGGGGAAGGGAAAAGAGAAGCAGCGGCAGAGACAUCGAAUUCCCUCCGGCGUCCCUGAACAAGAAAGUGGCCUGAUCCAGGAGGAGUUCUCUAAUGGAGGAAUAAGCGACUUCAGCACAUCCCGCUGCAGCAGCGUUGAAAGCUUGGUGGAGCAGGAGUGUGGCCAUCCUCUCUACGACAGACAGAUCUACCCCACUGGCUCAAGUUGCUCUCCUCUGAACUGGCCUCGCCAGGUCUUUGAUCACCUCUCCAGCUUCCAGCCGUAUGAGCAGGACAUCAGCUCAGAUUCCCUCAGCAGUCUUGGGGACUGCUCUCUCGCCCUUGCAGGUCUCAGAGGCGUUGUCAGCCAGGCAGAUCCUUGCUACGCGGGGCCAUUUUUCAAAGAUGUGGAGUGGGAAGCUAGGGACAAUGAAAAUACAUGUUUAACAGCUGAUUCAGAAUGCAAUGAAGGAACUAUCUUUUACAAUGAGAAAAUCCAACCUGUGGACUCUGAAUAUAAGGAGGGGAGCGAAUACAUCCUGUCGCGGUUUAUCAAAGAAGGCUCCUAUGGUGAGGUUUACAGUGCUCAAGAUGUCAACACAGGAUUCAGAUUUGCAGCCAAAAAGAUUGCCCUAAAGAGAUUCAGCAGUGAGGAGGUGGGUGCGUGGAGUACCCUCAGAUCUCCUUGUAUCACUGAGCUCUUUGGAGUGGUUAGAGAGGGACCAAAUGUGGUUCUUUUAAUGGAAGAAAAAUCAGGCUCCCUGAGUCAGCUGAUAAUGGAGCGUGGCCAACUGCCAGAGGAUUUAAGUCUUCACUACCACGGUCAGGUUUUAACUGCCCUGGAAUACCUUGUAAAGAAAAAAGUGGCACAUUUAGAUAUUAAAGCUGACAACGUGUUGCUGUCAGAAGAUGGGAGAGACUCCUUCCUGUGUGACUUUGGACAUGCAGAGAAACUCGACAACCAGGGCCUGAGCCUCAGUAGUUCCAGAGAUCUGAAGGGCACAGAGACCCAUAUGGCCCCUGAGAUUGUAAAAGGAGAACCCCGUGGAGCCAAAGCAGAUGUGUGGAGCAGCUGCUGCAUGUUGCUCCACAUGCUGAAUGGAUGUCAACCAUGGACAAGAUACUACACCUGUAGACUGUACCUGAAGAUUGCAAAUGAGCCUCCGCCAAUCGGAGAGAUCCCAUGUGACUGCAGCCCUCUUACAGCUGAAGUUUUAAAGGCUGGACUCCAGAAGGAUCCAGUCAAGAGAUUAUCAGCAUCUCAGCUCAAAGAAAAAACUGACAGAGCUCUAAAAGAAGUUGGGGGAUUAACCAGCUCAGUCCAGGGACCUUACACAGAGCCUCUGUAUGUUCCAAACAAACCACCUGAUGACCUGCACCCAAUUAAUAGCAGCGGUGACUUUGAGGAUAAAGAGGAACACACGAAGUCUGCUGACAGUGUCAUAACAGGCCUAAGAACAAUGGAGAUCAGCCCCCGUGAGCCAAAGCGAGAGUCAUUGAACGCCCCACAAAUGCUUAUCCCUGAGCCAAACUUGAAGAGAAACAACAAGAUCACCACCGUGCCUGAGCUUGAGCUUCGCAAACUGGAGCGAGACUUCUACCUGAGCAGUCUGUCUCAGCUUCCUUCUGCGGAGAUGCAGGAGCAGCUCCUGUCUUGCAUUAACAGUGACCAUUAUUGCAACUGGGAACUAUGGGAUGAAAAGGACUCUGGUCGCUGGUCCCUGAAUCCCGGAGAUGAUUACAGCUCCGGUUUCUUCUCUUAUAACAGUCAGCCAGAUGUCCAGGUUUUCAGUUUAGAUUUGCUUGGUCAAACACCACCAUGCUGUUUUGAAGGGGUGGAUGUCUGCAUCAGAGACUUCAGCAGGAGAAGAAUUCAAAUCAGAGAGAAACGUCGGGUGAAGGUUGGCCACAUCGCCACUGGCAUCAGUGAUCAGAUUUCAGAACAGGUGUUCACCCUGGAGACUCAGCACAGCCAGCAGAUCAGUCACGAUGACGAGGUGCUGGAAUCUGGUCUGGAGCUCCGCUGUGUUCCUGCUCCAGACUUCAGUUCUGCUUGGAGGUGGAGAGUCAGGGAUGGAGUGUUGGAAACAAACAAUCUUUACCUACCGCUGGCUGAAGUGCCGCUGAUCCACUCUCUUCUGAAAUGAUUUAAAAUUUACCCUCCAAUGCUUUUUUUUAAGCAGUGCUUUAAAAAUGACCAUUUUAAGAAAAGGUCUCAUCUUUACAGCUUUAGUGGUGAGUUUAUUUGUAGCAAUGUGUCUUGUAAUGUUUACCUUUUGCUUUUUAUUACUUUUUAACUUUGAGGCAAUAAGCAUGUUUAUGUAGAACAUGUUUUCAUUUUCUAAAACCAGUUUGUUACUCCAUACUAUUUAUAUGUAGGCCAUUCAAUUUUAUGAUGUUUGCAAUGAAAAAGGUGUUGUGCACAGCAUAAUGUGAAAGUUUUGGCACAAAUUACUGUAAAAUGGUAAACAAAACUUUAUAUUUUUUGGUUUUCCACAAAGAUUGGAACUUUUUAUGGUGGUUUCAUCUUUUUAAUAGUCAUGACUUUCAUGUGUUCAGUUACAUCUCAAGAAAUUAUGAUAUUGUGAAAAAUACUUGGUUGGGCCUCCUUUUGCAUGAAUUACUGCAUCAAUGUGGUGUGACAUGGAGGUGAUCAGCCUGUUAAAUUGUUGAGGUUUAAUGAAAGCAUAGGUUGCUUUGAUAGCAACCUUCGGAUCAUCUGCAUCGUUGGGUCCUGGUGUCUCUCAUCUUCAUCUUGAAAACCCCAGUGGACCAACAAUAUUUCAAUGUGGAUUCUGUACCUCUCCACUCUUCAGACAGUGACAAAAAUAUUAAAUGUUUUUACAAUAUUCAACAUUUUUUUGGUUUUAGAUUUAGAUGUACCUGUAAUUAUGAUUAUCCUAUUAAAAAGUAUAACAUUUUCUCA